AUGGCUACUACUCUGCAACUACUCAUCCUAACCUCCAUCCUCAUCUCGACGAGGAUCGUCCUCGCCACUGAAGAAGCCUGUUCGCCAGCUUCAUCUCCGUCAUCUGCGUUUCAGGAACACGCGUUUCUAUCCUCUCUCUUCGGCCCGGUUCUCACCAAUCUCGGUUUCCAAGAACUCGCCUCCGCCGCCUCCUCUCUCUCCACCUCCACCACAUGGCGAGGCCCCGCCACCAUCUUCGCCCCCACCGACUCCUCGCUCCUCACCUGCCCUUCCUGCUCCGUUCCCCUCCUCCUCCAAGAACACACCAUCCCAGGCCUCUACCCUGUCCACUUCCUGAGCAAGCUAGCAUUCGGCACCAAGCUCGAAACCCUAGCCCCUGGCCGAUGCCUCACCAUCAUGUCAGACAAAAAUUCCUCCAAGAUCUUCGUCGGCGGCGUCGAGGUCACUCGUCCGGAUCUCUUCAACAACGGCCUCGUCGUCGUUCACGGCAUCCAAGGCUUCAUCUCUCACCUGUUGCCGUUCUCGUGCCACGUCGAGCGCAUGACUUCUCUCUCAUUCCCUCCGCCGCCGCCGGUGGAGGCGUUCUUUAUGAUGCGCCUGAUGCUAAAGGACGCCAUGCUCCGAUUACAGGUCGGCGGCUACAGCGUACUCGCUCUCGCUCUGAGAGUGAAGUACGCCGAGCUACUGGAUCUUCGGACGAUGACUGUGUUCGCGCUUGACGACGCGUCGAUCUUUGCCGGCGGACACGAGUACAUCUCCGAUUUGAGGUUCCAUAUUGUGCCGAACAGGAUGUUGAAGGCCUCUGAUUUGCUCAGUUUGCCUGCGGCGACGGAGUUGCCAACUUUGGAACUAGGGCAGAAGCUGGUGGUGACCACAGCGAGCGGCGGAGGUCCGUUGGCGCCGAUGAGGAUCAACUACGUGAAGAUCAAGAGGUUUGAUUUCAUGCACAACCUCAAGAUCGUGGUUCAUGGACUGCCAUUGCCCUUCCCGCACAUUCGUCCGACGGAUUCGACGGGUUAUGAUCACAUCGAACGGUCAGCAUGGAACGUGAAGGAAUCGGGCUUCAAUGCUGGGAUCCAAGGGAUGAUGACCCCUACGCAAUCGGAUGAAUCGACGGUUGAGAAUGAUCAUCAUGGUCUCUGAGAUCUGAUUCACUCACACUUGUUUUUAGAUAUGGUAUAGUAAGA